AUGCAGGUUGUCCGCCUUGGCGCCUUCGCCUACGGUCUGUUUUACGGUUACACCAAGUACCAGUACUACUCCAACCACCACCAGAACGUCCUGAAGGAGCAGCAGGCUGCCGACGAGGCCGCCGCCAAGGCCCUUGAGGCCGCCGCUGCCGCUGCCGCCGCCGCCGCCGCUGCCGCCGCCAACGCCGGCCCCGUCGAGGCCUUCGACUCCAACAACCCCGCUCACGUUGAGAAGUGGCUGCUUUCUCUCGACUCCAAGUACAAGACCCAGUAA